AUGGUAUCCUCAGAUAAAGGAAUAUGGCGCUGGGAUAAUGGAAUCGCUGUUUUCAUGCAGUUCUUAAUAUCUCUCAAGCAUUUGAAUUUUGCACCAAACACCGGUUUUCGGAUCCCUUGUUACGCGUACCAAUUCAUGGACCUGUAUCUUGUUCGCGCGUUUGUCAACAGCAACGAUCCCGACAGAAAUCCUUACUUGUCUUCCUUUGCUUACUCAUCUCUUCUCACUGUCGCGAUGCUUAUUCCCACUUUAUUAGUUUCCGUUGAUAACGAUAUUUGA